AAAACUAACCAAGCGACUGCCUGAUUUGUAUGAUUUGUUGCAAAAAGCCAUAUAAUUUAUAUAAAUUGGAUUUUUAUUAUAAAAAUAGGGUGGAUAAAUAUUAAUAAGAACUAUUUAAGCUAAUAUUUGCUAGAAAUAGAAGAUGGGCUCAGAUGAUCGAGAUCGCCGUCAUCGCUCGAGGUCCCGUGAGAGGUACAGAGAGCGUGAUAGGGACCGAAAACACCGCCGUUCAAGACGCCGCAAGCCGUCGCUGUAUUGGGAUGUGCCCCCACCAGGAUUUGAGCAUAUAACACCGUUACAGUACAAGGCUAUGCAAGCAGCAGGACAAAUUCCUGCAAACGCUGUACCAGAAAUACCGCAGGCAGCUGUGCCUGUGGUGGGAUCAACAAUAACAAGGCAAGCACGUCGCCUCUAUGUGGGCAAUAUACCAUUUGGUGUAACUGAGGAGGAAAUGAUGGAAUUUUUCAAUCAACAAAUGCAUCUGACAGGACUAGCGCAAGCAGCAGGCAACCCUGUACUUGCGUGUCAAAUUAAUCUGGACAAAAAUUUUGCUUUUCUUGAAUUUCGGUCCACCGACGAAACAACCCAAGCAAUGGCUUUCGAUGGCAUUAACUUCAAAGGCCAAAGUUUAAAAAUACGUCGACCGCACGAUUAUCAACCAAUGCCCGGCGUAACUGAUAGCACUCCAGUUGCAGCUCCAGUGGACUUAAUUACAGUAACCAAUGGCGUCAUUUCUACUGUUGUCCCGGAUUCACCACAUAAAAUUUUCAUUGGAGGUCUACCAAAUUACUUAAACGAGGAACAGGUUAAAGAACUUCUCCUAUCAUUCGGACAACUACGGGCUUUCAAUUUGGUCAAAGAUACUGCAACUGGCUUAAGUAAGGGUUAUGCCUUCACAGAAUAUUUGGACCACAGCAUUACUGAUCAGGCUAUAGCUGGUUUGAAUGGUAUGCAAUUGGGAGACAAGAAGCUUAUAGUGCAGCGUGCAAGUGUUGGAGCAAAGAACGCUCAACCAGGCAGUGCAACUGCUGCACCGCCUGUUAUGAUACAAGUACCUGGUCUAUCCAUGGUGGGCAUGUCUGGCCCACCAACCGAGGUGCUUUGUCUACUUAACAUGGUAACACCAGACGAGCUUCGCGAUGAAGAAGAAUAUGAAGACAUUUUGGAAGACAUCAAAGAAGAAUGCAACAAGUAUGGCGUUGUACGUAGUGUAGAAAUACCUCGACCCAUUGAAGGUGUUGAUGUGCCAGGUUGCGGCAAAGUUUUCGUAGAGUUUAAUUCAGUGAUGGAUUGUCAGAAGGCGCAGCAAGCCUUGACUGGGCGUAAAUUCAGUGAUCGUGUUGUAGUAACGUCAUAUUUCGAUCCUGAUAAAUAUCAUCGGCGUGAAUUUUAAGUAACA